AUGUCCGAGUCAGCGAGCGCAAAUGCCCCGAAGCCAAGCAGCAGUGUCAAGCUUGUGCUGCUAGGUGAAGCCGCCGUCGGAAAGUCUUCACUUGUACUUCGCUUCGUGAACGAUGAUUUCCAGGAGAACAAGGAACCAACCAUCGGCGCCGCCUUCUUGACGCAGAAAUGCUCCCUCCCCACGCGCACCAUCAAGUUCGAGAUCUGGGAUACCGCCGGCCAAGAGCGAUUCGCCUCCCUAGCCCCGAUGUACUACCGCAAUGCGCAAGCCGCCCUGGUCGUCUACGACGUCACGAAACCUUCGUCGCUGACAAAGGCGAAGCAUUGGGUUGCCGAGUUGCAACGCCAAGCGAGCCCUGGGAUCGUGAUCGCCCUCGUCGGCAACAAGCUGGACUUGACCAACGAUGGCGGCGAGGCCUCCGAGGCAGCCGCCCCGACCGAUGAUGCCGACUCGCCUGCGCAGGAUGAGCAAGGCACCGGCGAAGAGGAUGAAGCGCAAGAUGCCAGUUCUGGCGACGCCCGCAAGGUGUCGACUCGGGAGGCCACAGGCUACGCCGAGGAGGAGGGUCUGUUAUUCUUUGAGACCAGUGCGAAGACUGGUACCAAUGUCGUUGACGUUUUCACUGCGAUUGCAAACGCUAUCCCGGAAAGCAGUCUGAAGACUGGUCGCGGUACCGGCGCUGGAACUGGUCAGACGUCGCUCGGUGGGCGGUCGACAGAGGACUCCAGAGUCAACCUGGGAGAUCGCAACGCCGCGACGGCGAAGGAGGGCUGUGCUUGCUGA